CGGGGAACAGCAUGGAAACUUUAUUAAAAAUGAUGAAUGAAAUUGUGCCACCUGCCCCACAAAUGACUGGGGGCUCGCCUGGGCUCUGAAGAGUGAAGGUAUCAUUUGGAUGAAUUGGGCCGAAUCAGAUCGGAUCAAGAUAGGUCUUAGCCAUAUUAUUUGGUUUAACUUCUAAAUCAAUUUUUUAGAUACAUGAAUUAGGAAGUCUCAGAAUUUGAAAACAAUUCGAAUCGAAGCCCAGAAAAAGCUGGCGCGAUUUUAUGCUCACUUUCAAUUCUCAACACUCCUCUAUCUCCGCAAUCUCCAAUUCGAAAAAACCCUAAAAAAAAUCUCACAUUUCUCAACCAAAACCGCUAGGCUUGGCAAUUGAGCAAAACCCAGAAAGGGAUGGAGAAAAAUAGGCAAGUAGUGUGUCCAGAGAAUGAGGAAUUAGCAAACUACUUGCUGCAAAAGAGGCAAGAGCUAGCAGAUAAACCCAAAGGGAUAAAAGAAAACACUGACAUGACUCUUUCAAAGGCGUACAACAACAUUUGCAAGGCUCAGCAUCCCAUCAAGACACUCAAAGAUCUCAAUGACGUAAAAGGUAUUGGGAAAUGGAUUCUGGUGCUUAUGCGUGGCUAUUUCGACAGUGGUUCUGAACUUUCAGAACCAGAAGACAUAACUAGAAAGGGUAAAAAAAGUAAAGGAAACAGACGUUAUUUGCCUCAAAAGAAUUCUGUGGCAUAUGCAUUGUUGAUUACUCUAUACAGGGAGACUGCAGAUGGGAAUGAAUUUAUGCAUAAGCAGGAUCUUAUUGAUGCAGCUGAAGCAAGUGGGCUUUCUCGGGCGCCAAUUGUGCCAGAGAAGGGAAAAGGGAAACCUAGCCAAGUUGGAAGUUCUCUAAGGGACUGGUAUAGUGGAUGGAGCUGCAUGUCAACCCUGAUAAAAAAGGGAUUUGUUGUGAAAUCGAGUUGCCCAGCAAAAUACAUGCUGACACCAGAAGGCAAGGAAGCAGCUCGUGAAUGUCUCAUGAAAUCUAAAAUGGAAGAUCCCUUAGAAAUUUUGGUUAAUGUGGAAAGGCUUUCUCAACCAGACACACAGAAUGCAUCUGUUCAGGACUUUUGUCAUUCUGAUUUGGGUAGAGAAGAGACAAAUGCUAAAGCUGCUUUUCGGCAGAAAAAAUCCAUUGAUGUUCCGCAUGAUUCUCUUGAAAGGUGCACUCGCAUGGGGUACUCUAAGGAACAAGUUCUUCGUGCUUUUGCUGAAGUCUCUGAAACUUCCAAGAACAAGGAGAUAUCUUCACUUUGGCCAGCAGUCCUGUGUCGUCUUCGAGAAGAUCAAGUUUAUGGGCAAGAAGCUCGUGUUGGAAUGCAGAGUACUCAGAGGGAUUUAAGUAACAAUGGUGGAGAUAUGCCAAAUUUGUUUUCCUUGAGAGCUUGUUUUUCCUCUAAGCCAAGUUCGGAUGGUCUGGAAGCGAAUAUGAAUGUUUUAAGUAUUCCACCUCUGAGCUUUGGGGAGAGAUUUCCGGAUGUAUAUGAAGUAAUCUUAAUAUUAGAUGAUCGAGAGCAAUUUAUCAGUCGAGGUGCACGCUCCAAGAAAAUGUUAGAGAAGAUUUGCUCUGAAUUCAAAAUCAAAAUAAAUGUUAGACGGUUACCUAUUGGAGAUGGAAUCUGGAUAGCUCGCCAUAAACAUUUUUCCAGUGAAUAUGUUCUAGACUUUAUUGUUGAGAGGAAGAAAGUUGAUGAUUUACGCUCUUCGAUACGGGAUAAUCGCUACAGGGAUCAGAAGCUAAGGCUUCUGAGAUCUGGACUUAAGAAGCUGAUAUAUCUUGUGGAAGGUGACCCGAAUUCUUCAGAAGCUUCUGAAAGCAUCAAAACAGCGUGCUUCACUACAGAGAUUCUGGAGGGGUUUGAUGUUCAUAGAACAAGUGGUUUACUUGAUACGCUGAGGAAGUAUGCUUAUCUGACUCAAGCUAUAACUCAAUAUUAUAAACUGCAUCUGCUUGAGGAUCAGUCUAGAUGCACUGGGGUCUGUCCUCCUUUUAAUGAAUUUGUCGAAAGGUGCCAAGAGCUGGAUAAAAUGACAGUCAAUGAUGUAUUUUCCAUUCAACUUAUGCAGGUACCGCAGGUGACUGAGGAGGUUGCCAUAGCUGUUGUGGAUUUGUACCCAACACUAGCAUCUCUUGCCUGUGCUUACUCUUUCCUAGAGGGUGAUGUAUGCGCGCAAGAGGAUAUGCUAAGGAAGCAGAGUAACAACAUGGUGAGCUCAGUUGCUAGUAAGAACAUUUUUCGGUUUGUUUGGGGUGAUUGACCAAGGCAGAUCUUUUGUAAAUUGUAAUCUUCUAAAUAAGAGUUGUUCCGUUGAAGCUUUCUGUGAAUGAUUGUUUAUUUGAAGUUCAAUAUUGUAAAUAGCUUGUAUGUGUGUGCACUUUGAGGCUAUACAUAGCUCUAUAUGAUAG